AUGUCCACGGAAGUCAUCGACUUCUCCGCCCAAUCCAAGCGGAACAUCUCCAUCCUGGCAUGGUAUACCGACGUCUUGCACGAGGUCAAACCAGUGACAUCAGGACACCGUGUCGCUCUCUCCUUCAAUCUCAUCCACACCACACCCAGUAUUCCUCGUCCCCAGUUCAAGUCUGCCUCACCCAUUCCCCUAGAUGAGUGGCUCGCCAAACUCCGAAGCGUUCUCGAGCGAUGGGUGAAGCACGGAUGUCCGAUUAAGAAGGUCUCGAGGCGCCUUCCCCCGAGCCAGUACACUAUUCGCAAGCAAUACCUCACGAAGCUUACGCCCCAGUUUUAUGCAUAUGUCCUCAAGCACCGCUACAGCCUUCGAGACCUCAACAAAGGUCGCGCUUGCCUCAAGGGCGAAGAUGCCCACAAGUUUUCUCUCCUCUCACUCCUUGCGAAGGAACUUGGUUUUAAACUCGCCCUCGCGCGUUUGGAGAUUGGGAUCUCAGGCGUUGCGGAUGACCUGGAGCGCUACGAGGAGAUGGUCGAGUCGAAGAGAUGGGAGCGGAGGUGGGCUUGGGAGGAGAAGAUGAAGAAGGAGAUGAAGGAACGGAAGAAGCGCGGCGAAAAGGUUGAGAAGAUAGACCCAGAUGACUUCGACUCUGCGGACGAAGAGGACGAGAGGAACUGGAAGAGCGAGCCCUUCAACUUGAUCAACACUUACGAGACAAAGUACAACCUUAGGAAAGUCGUCAAAGAUAGUGGGAAACCGUUCAUCAAGAAAUCGAGCAGCGAGGUGAAGAUUCCAUUGGAUGGAGAGAACUUCAACAUCAUCCCUAAAGACCCCGUUUAUCUGGGCGAAGACCCGGACCAAAGGCAAUACAGGCCCUCUGGGUAUCUUGGGAACACGAUCGAUACGUAUAAACAGGACCCUGGUGAUCUGACUUUCUGGUACAAUAAUGCGGUGGUCAUCAUUUACCACGAGCGCGAUGAAGAGAAAUUGGUCCCGUAUUUCAAAGGCGAUGAUUGGGACCACGACUUGGAGUAUCCGCACUAA